AUGGCCUCCUAUACGACAUCUUUCUCCUUGAACACGACACUAUGGAACACCCUACUGGGACUAGAGCCAUCACCAUUGACGAUGAUACUCUCCUUGGUGGGCGGCAUUCUCGUACUGGUGCUGAGCGUUCAUUGCAGCGUCUUGAUCGAGAGAGGGCCGCAAAAUCGCACCCAAUGGAUUCUAAUUCGAACUCUCCUCGCGAUUCUGGCGUCAAUACUGUUCAUUGACCUCCUCUUCGCGCCAUAUGGACAGAAGAACCGCUACUUCAGAACGUCUGGAGUUACCAAUGGGAUCUAUGGGUUACUUAAGACGUGGGAGAUUUGCUUCUCCUCGCUCAUCGAUGGUGUACCCCUCCCGUCAUGGGUCAGACUAUCCCAUCCAGCGUCAAAUGGUGCGCACCCUAAAAGCGGGAAGGAAGAAGAGACCAGGGAAACUCUUCAUUCUAUCGAUACCCGUGGCUGGUGGUACAGCUUCGACGUCAUUUCCACUCUACGUGGCGUCUCUUGGCUUCCCGACAGGAGAUUCGAUAUCGCAACCCCCAGCUUGGUCCAGAAGAUUGCCUCUCGAACUACGCGCGGUCGCUUCGUUCUCGAGCGCAUACUAUGGCUCCUCACGUCGCUCUUCGUGAUGGAUAUCAUCGAUACAGUCUCAAAAGAAUGGUCAUACAUGGAUGGACAAGGCCUUGGACGUAUCGCCCAGUCCUAUUCAUCGACAAAGAUUACCACUCUGUACCCAGCGUACGCACAUCAAGCCACGAGUAAGCCGUUUUACGGUCAACUCGCAUUGGUCGCAUGUACGGCCCUUUCGACACAAUUCUCUGUCGAAAUAUUCUACACUGCUUUCGGACUCCUCUGCGUCGGAGUCUUCAACGUCAGCCCAUCCGCCUUUCCGCACUUUUUCAACAACCCAUUCUACAUCCACAACUACACCUCUGUUCGUCACUUCUGGGGUUAUCAAUGGCACCACAUCUUCCGCCAGGUAAUGACGCGUGUGACGGACCCUUUCCUGCACGUAUUUCGUAUACCGAAACGCAGCGCACUAGGGACGAUUAUGCGCGUCGUGAUCGCAUUUACGCUCUCUGGGCUCAUUCACUGCGUCAUUCAAGCACGCGCACAAGCGCUUUAUCUUGCGCCCAACGUCGAGCUUGUCGUAUUAGAUCCGGACACGCUCCGAUUCUUCAUGUCUCAGCCACUUGCCAUUGCGUUUGAACACCUUUGCAUGUUCCCGCUGGUGAGAUUCUUGCCACCUCUGGUGAAGAGGACAUUGAUGGUGGUGUGGACGCUUGGUUGGCUGACUUGGAGCGCGCGAUGGUGGGUGGAUGUCUGGAUCAAGAUGGGAAUGUACCAGCCGGAGGAGCGUGUCGUUCUCUUCAGUGUCAUACGCGGACUUUGGAGAGGGGAAUGGUAUAUUGCUGGACUGCCGGCCCCUUCCUAG